UUUAUCCCCGAGGUUCGGUUUGUCUGUUUUCGCUCGGAGCCUCCUCGGUCCCGCCGCAGAAAAGGCUCGCCAUGCCGGCCGGACCGGUGCAGGCCAUGGCGCCCGCCCAGCCGGCCCCUCCGGAAGCCAAGCAGCCGGAAGAUGAACCAAAGGAAGAGACCACACCUGCCAAACCGAUUGUGGGAAUUAUAUAUCCACCACCGGAGGUUAGAAAUAUUGUGGACAAGACAGCCAGUUUUGUGGCCAGAAACGGCCCUGAAUUUGAAGCUCGGAUCCGCCAGAAUGAAAUCAACAACCCCAAGUUUAAUUUCCUGAACCCCAAUGAUCCUUAUCAUGCCUACUACCGCCACAAGGUCAACGAGUUCAAGGAAGGAAAGGCGCAGGAACCCUCGGCCGCCAUUCCGAAGGUUAUGCAGGCCCAGCAGACUGCCCAGCAGCAACUUCCCCAAAAGGUACAAGCCCAGGUGAUUCAGGAAACCGUGGUUCCAAAGGAGCCCCCACCAGAAUUUGAGUUCAUUGCAGAUCCUCCCUCGAUCUCGGCUUUUGACCUGGAUGUGGUGAAACUGACUGCCCAGUUUGUGGCCCGCAAUGGCAGGCAGUUCCUGACCCAGCUGAUGCAGAAGGAACAGAGGAACUAUCAGUUCGACUUCCUGCGUCCCCAGCACAGCCUCUUCAAUUACUUCACCAAACUGGUGGAGCAAUACACCAAGAUCUUGAUCCCACCAAAGGGCCUCAUUAUAAAAUUGAAAAAGGAAGCCGAAAAUCCAAAAGAAGUCUUAGACCAGGCAUGCUACCGAGUGGAGUGGGCCAAGUUUCAGGAGCGUGAGCGGAAGAAGGAAGAGGAGGAGAAAGAGCGCGAGCGUGUGGCUUACGCCCAAAUCGACUGGCAUGAUUUCGUGGUGGUGGAAACGGUGGAUUUCCAGCCCUCGGAGCAAGGAAAUUUUCCUCCUCCCACCACUCCCGAGGAACUAGGCGCUCGGAUCCUGAUCCAGGAGCGCUACGAGAAGUUCGGGGAGAGCGAAGAAGUGGAGAUGGAGGUGGAAUCGGACGACGAAGAUGACAAGCAACAGAAGGCGGAAGAGCCUCCCUCCCAGCUGGACCAGGACACCCAAGUCCAGGAUAUGGACGAAGGUUCCGAUGAAGAAGAUGACAGCCAGAAGGUGCCACCACCCCCAGAAACCCCAAUGCCCCCACCGCUGCCCCCGACUCCAGAUCAAGUCAUUGUCAGAAAAGAUUACGAUCCAAAAGCUUCCAAGCCUCUUCCCCCAACCCCAGCUCCAGAUGAGUAUCUUGUCUCCCCCAUUACUGGGGAGAAAAUUCCUGCCAGCAAAAUGCAGGAACAUAUGCGUAUCGGCCUUCUGGAUCCCCGCUGGUUAGAACAAAGAGAUCGUUCUCUCCGGGAGAAGCAGACGGAUGACGAAGUGUACGCCCCAGGCCUGGAUAUUGAAAGCAGCUUGAAGCAGCUGGCUGAGCGCCGUACCGAUAUUUUUGGGGUGGAAGAAACGGCUAUCGGCAAGAAAAUUGGCGAAGAGGAGAUCCAGAAGCCUGAAGAAAAGGUGACUUGGGACGGCCACUCGGGAAGCAUGGCCCGGACGCAACAAGCAGCCCAGGCCAACAUCACCCUCCAGGAGCAGAUUGAGGCGAUCCACAAGGCCAAGGGGCUGGUGCCAGAAGACGACACAAAGGAGAAAAUCGGUCCAAGCAAACCCAACGAGAUGCCCAUGCCUCCCCCUCUGUCCUCGGCCCCCAACCUCCCCUCCAGCGCUCCAUCCAUUGCCUCCAUGCCCCGCCCUCCCGCGAUGCCCCCUCCAAUUCGCACCACCGUUGUAAGUGCGGUUCCAGUCAUGCCUCGUCCCCCGAUGACUUCAGUGGUCCGUUUACCACCAGGAUCCGUCAUCGCAGCACCAAUGCCCCCCAUCAUCCAUGCCCCCCGGAUUAAUGUUGUCCAGAUGCCGCCUUCAGGUCCACCUAUUAUGGCCCCACGGCCUCCUCCCAUGAUUGUGCCAACAGGCUACAGACAGGGACCAGUCAGCAGUCCAGCCUUUGUUCCAGCUCCACCAGUCGCUCCUGUCUCUGGUCCGUCCUCCGUGCCUCCAGUUCACCCCCCACCUCCCAUGGACGAUGAGCCGGCCUCUAAGAAACUGAAGUCCGAAGAAAAUCUGAUGCCAGAGGACGAGUUUCUACGCAGACACAAGGGUCCGGUCACUGUCAAAGUCCAAGUCCCCAACAUGCAGGACAAAACGGAAUGGAAGUUGAAUGGCCAAGUGCUGGUCUUCACCCUCCCCCUCUCUGACCAGGUUUCCGUUAUCAAGGUGAAGAUUCACGAGGCCACCGGCAUGCCUGCCGGGAAACAGAAGCUCCAGUAUGAGGGCAUCUUCAUCAAAGAUUCCAACUCCUUGGCUUACUACAACAUGACCAGCGGGUCAGUGAUUCACUUGGCCCUCAAAGAGAGAGGGGGCAGGAAGAAGUGAGCGUCCACCUCCAGUGUGAUGGGACAGCCCGCUGUUUGACUUCCUCACCUGAGUAGCAGCCAGGCUGUUACGUCUUUCUCGGGCUGUUUUCUUGGCCCUGGGCAUCUGUUUAGUACCCCAGAGGCUAGAGGAAAUUGACCUUACCCAUGCCGUCAUUGUGAACGUUUGUGCUAAUUCUGUGCUGUUUUUAGCAGCUUGCGAUGUAUUUGUAACGAGUUUGUGUUCCACUAGCACUUGGUUUAAUUUCUCAUAGCAAUCUUUUCCCCUGGUAGUGGCUAAAACUGUCACAAUUUAACCUCGUGUCUAAGGAGUUGGAUGGAUCUGCUUUGGUACAGAGUCUUUGACCUGUUGUGUGCAGCAAUCGGUUUAAUUGUCUAGUGACGAGCAGGUUUUGCUAGGCUCAUUAAAAACCUCUUUGAUUCCCCACCUGAA